UCCUGCUCCAUUACAUUGUGACCUCUCCUUCUUCCUCUGUCUCUCUCUCUGUCUCUACGACUACAUGAUUAUUUUCUUCUUGAAAAUAACAAACCCCAUUAUUUCUCAAUAUAUAAUUGCAAAGUAGAUCAAGCUUGCAAUUUUUAUUCAAUAAUUUUGAAGCAAAAACGAUACAUCAACGAAUUCAUCUUCUUUAAUUAAUCUCUACUUCACCUACAAACCAAAUACUGAAAGCUGCGUUUCAACCUCUUUCUCCGCUACUUGUAUCUCUUGAGAGGUUUAAGAGAGAGGGAAAUGAAUAUUAUUGAUUCCAAAACACCUUACAGGAGCAGAGGCUUCUACGUGAGGAUGAGGUUUUUCCACAACCCUAGAUACAGUAGAAACCCAGAGAAGAGCUUUUGGUACAGAUUUUUCAAAUGGAUUCUUUGGUUUUCUCUUGCAUUUUACUUCUUUUCUUCUUUCCUUAUUACCCACACCACGCCCACCAACUUUAUUUCAAAAGCAAUCGUUUCUCCUUCAAAAGCUAGUCGUGCUCUCAUUGAAGAAUCAUCCUUCAAAUCUUCCACUCUCCAAGAACCCAAAAGCCCCCAAGGUUUGUUGAAGGGGAUGAAGGUGUAUAUCUACGAUAUGCCAUCGAAAUACAACAGUGACUGGUUGUCAAAUGAGCGGUGCAGCAACCAUUUGUUUGCGUCGGAGGUGGCUAUUCACAAAGCUCUGAUGAAUAGCGAUGUAAGAACAUUGGAGCCACGGGAUGCUGACUUUUUCUUCGUGCCUGUUUACGUGUCUUGCAAUUUUAGCAAGGUCAAUGGCUUCCCAGAUAUUGGUCACGCACGGCCUCUUAUAUCCUCCGCCGUUCAAUACAUUUCCACUCAGCUUCCGUUUUGGAACCGCAGCCAUGGCUCUGAUCACGUUUUUGUUGCGUCCCAUGAUUUUGGUUCUUGUUUUCAUACCAUGGAGGAUGUGGCGAUGGCUGAUGGUGUGCCUGAAUUAUUGAGGAAUUCCAUAAUAUUGCAAACUUUUGGAGUCAAAUAUAAGCACCCAUGUCAAGACGUGGAGAAUGUGGUGAUUCCACCUUAUGUUUCGCCGGAAGAUGUACGGUCCACCUUAGAGAAGUCCCCCUUAACGGGCCGGCGUGAAAUUUUUGCGUUCUUUAGGGGCAAAAUGGAAGUCCACCCCAAAAAUAUCAGCGGUCGUUUUUAUAGCAAGCGGCUGCGGACGGCGAUAUGGCAGAAAUAUGGCAAUAACCGGAGGUUUUAUUUACGGAGACACAGAUUAGCAGGUUACCAGUCAGAGAUUGCGAACUCAAUCUUCUGUUUGGCCCCAUUGGGGUGGGCUCCUUGGAGUCCUAGACUUGUAGAAUCAGUUGUUCUUGGAUGUGUCCCGGUCAUUAUAGCUGAUGGCAUCCGGUUACCCUUCCCCUCAGCUGUACCGUGGGCGGAGAUAUCUCUAACGGUGGCGGAGAAGGAUGUGAAAAAAUUGGGAAAAAUCCUUGAACAUGUCGCAGCCACCAAUCUCACGACAAUACAGAAAAACCUGUGGGACCCAAAUGUUAGGACGGCUCUACUUUUCAACAAUCCAAUGGAAGAAGGCGACGCCACAUUCCAAGUUCUUGUGGCCCUAUCCGAGAAGCUAGACAGGUCCCACAAGAGGUCAAAGGUUUUAAGCCAAUGAAGCUAUGAAACAUGGCAGGUUUUGAUUGGGUAAAAUCUGGCAGAUAUAUGGCUCUUUUCUGACGUGGAUGAAGAGAGUAGGGGCUAUGUACAGUUGGGGACAGCUGUGAAUUAUUGGACUGCUCACAAAAUGUGGGGCCCGGGAUUUCGUACAGAAUGUGCCACAUAGGAUCGUACAGCUGAGUUGGUUUGAUGUGAUCGAACGUAGCUCCCUUGGCCUGAGGGGAUAGAGGAAUGGUUUUUUGGUGAAAAUUUUUUGUUGAUAAUUUUUAUAUAUUUAAACUAAAUAAGAGUAUUAUUACAAUUGUGCAAAGAAAUGCGUUCUGAAGUGGUCCCCUCUCUGUCUCUGUCCUAUGUACUUGCACCAUCACUUGUUUGAAGGAAUUCGACGGGUUGGUUAGGAUAUUUACAGCAAGGUCGUGACAUUUCCAACCAGGAAAAAUGCUAAAGAUUCCGGGAUAAAAUCCCAGGAUUCCGUCCGGGGGCCGAGGUGGAAAAAGCAGCGGGCCCUGAGUGUGUGAAGAUCCAAAGUCGAAAUGCUGCCACCUCGACCCUGGAACGGAACUCGAGAUUUCUGAAGCAUAAUUCUUCCAACCAAUUUGUUUUUUUUUUCUGUCUUUGAACCUGAACAAAUAUUAUAUUCUUUCUUUUUUAUGUUGUUCGUAUUCUGAUUUCGACCUCGUCAAUUAAGUAUUAACCCAAGGCCUAGCUUGGUCCAGAUGAGUGCACUAUGUUGAUGGUGCCAGCUUAUCUGCUAUUCAAAUUAGAAAAUGAGAUUAUUCUCUGUGCAAAAAGUAUAUUAGAAA